AUGGAUCUACUACCGCCGGCGUCGGAGGCGCCGGCCGGUGGCGGCGCAGUUGGGGGGCGAGGGCUGCGACGCGGGGUCGGGUUCCGGUCGCUCAAGCUGGUGAACGUGUCCAUGGAAGAGGCCCUCCCAGCCGAGCCCGUCGGCGUCGCCUACGGCCGCCUCGCCAACGGACUCACCUACUACGUCCGCUCCAAUCCCAAGCCCCGCAUGCGCGCAGCCCUCUCCCUCGCCGUCAAGGUCGGGUCGGUGGUGGAGGAGGAGGACCAGCGCGGGGUGGCGCAUAUCGUGGAGCACCUCGCCUUCAGCGCAACGUCACGCUACACCAAUCACGACAUCGUUAGGUUCCUCGAGAGCAUUGGCGCAGAGUUUGGUGCCUGCCAGAACGCUCUCACUUCCUCUGACGAAACCAUCUAUGAGCUGCUCGUGCCUGUGGACAAGCCCGGACUGCUCUCCCAGGCAAUCUCCGUCCUCGCUGAGUUCAGCUCCGAGGUUCGGGUUUCAGCGGAGGAUCUGGAGAAAGAAAGGGGUGCUGUGCUGGAGGAAUACAGGGGCGGGCGCAACGCCACUGGGCGGAUGCAGGACUCCCACUGGACAUUGUUGUUUGAGGGUUCUAAGUAUGCAGAACGUUUGCCGAUAGGUACAGAGAAGGUGAUACGGACUGUUACACAUGAGACGGUUAGAAAUUUUUAUCAUAAGUGGUACAAUCUAAGCAAUAUGGCUGUCUUUGCAGUGGGAGACUUCCCAGAUACACAGGCUGUUGUUGAGUUAAUAAAGGAGCAUUUUGGCCAGAAAGCCUCAAUUUCCUGCCCUCCACCAGUUAUAACGGAGUUUCCAGUUCCAUCGCAUAUUGAACCUCGAUUUUCAUGCUUUGUGGAAUCCGAAGCUGCAGGGUCAGCUGUUGUUAUUAGCUGCAAGAUGCCUGCCGGUGAAAUUAAAACAGUCAAGGAUUAUAGGGACUCAUUGGCAGAAUCAAUUUUCCAUUGUGCUCUGAACCAGAGGCUCUUCAAACUAUCUCGUAGGAGGGAUCCUCCAUACUUCUCUUGCUCUUCAGCUGCGGAUGCUCUUGUCCGUCCGGUGAAGGCAUAUAUUAUGACAUCCAGUUGUCGCGAAAAAGGCACGGUUGAGGCUCUUGAGUCUAUGCUAGUUGAGGUUGCUAGGGCACGGCUCUAUGGGUUUUCUGAACGUGAGAUAUCCAUUGUGAGUGCUUUAAUGAUGUCAGAGAUCGAGUCUGCAUAUCUGGAGCGUGAUCAAAUGCAAUCAACCAGCUUACGUGAUGAGUAUCUGCAGCAUUUUCUUCGCGAGGAGCCUGUUGUCGGGAUUGAAUAUGAAGCACGGUUGCAGAAGACUCUUCUUCCAUACAUUUCUUCUGCUGAAGUGGUGAAGUUUGCGGAAAACUUUUCAACAACCAGUAGCUGUGUUAUCAAGGUAGUUGAGCCCCGGGCCCAUGCUUCUUUGGAGGAUCUGAAAGCUGUUGUAUUGAAAGUUAACACUCUAGAAGAAAAGAGGAGUAUUCCUCCCUGGGAGGAAGAGCAAAUCCCUGAAGAAAUUGUUAGCCGAAGUCCAGUGCCAGGAAUUAUUGUUGAUAAAGUGGAGCACCCAGGCAUAGGUGCCACUGAGAUGAUACUAUCUAAUGGGAUGCGAGUUUGCUACAAGUGUACUGACUUUCUUGAUGAUCAGGUUGUUUUUACUGGGUUUGCCUAUGGUGGUCUGUCCGAAUUAUCUGAAGAUGAAUAUACUUCAUGCACAAUGGGCUCGACAAUAGCAGGAGAAAUUGGUAUUUUUGGCUACAAACCUUCUGUCUUGAUGGACAUGCUUGCUGGCAAGAGAGCUGAAGUUGGUACAAAAGUUGGGGCGUACAUGAGAUCAUUUUCUGGCGAUUGUUCACCUUCAGAUCUUGAGACUGGUUUACAGCUUGUCUACCAACUAUUUACAACAAAGGUGGAGCCAAGGGAGGAAGAAGUAAAAAUAGUCAUGCAAAUGGCGGAGGAAGCUAUCUAUGCUCAGGAAAGAGAUCCUUACACUGCAUUUGCAAAUCGUUCACGGGAAAUAAAUUAUGGGAACUCCUACUUCUUUAAGCCAAUUAGAAUAAGUGAUUUGAAGAAAGUGAAUCCAAUCAGAGCAUGUGAAUAUUUCAACAGUUGCUUCAAGGAUCCAUCAGCUUUUACCGUUGUAGUAGUUGGAAACAUAGACCCAGACAUCUCAAUCCCACUGAUAUUGGAGUACCUGGGUGGGAUACCGAAGGUACAGGAUACAGUUCAGCCACUUAGUCGUGAGGAUCUAAAGGGAUUGCCCUUCAAGUUUCCGGAAACCAUAAUUAGAGAAGUUGUCCGCAGCCCUAUGGUUGAAGCUCAGUGCUUCGUCCAACUAGGGUUUCCAGUGGUUCUAAAGAGCACAAUGAUGACGGAGGAUAUUCACUAUGUUGGAUUUCUAAGUAAACUUCUUGAAACAAAAAUCAUGCAAGUACUCCGCUUCAAAUAUGGACAGGUCUACUCAGUUAAUGUAGGUGUCUUCUUAGGUGGCAACAAACCUUCUAGAAGUGGAGAUGUUCGUGGAGACAUAAGUGUGAAUUUCUCAUGCGAUCCAGACAUGUCAUCUAGGCUCGUUGAUUUUGUUCUGGAAGAGAUAUCAUAUCUACAGACAGAAGGCCCUUCUGAAGAAGAUGUAUGGACCAUCCUAGAAAUUGAACAAAGAGCCCAUGAAAACGGAUUGCAGGAAAAUUAUUACUGGUUGGAUCGAAUUCUGCGGAGCUAUCAAUCAAGGAUUUAUUCAGGAGAUGUUGGAUCCACCUUCAUGGUUCAAGAUGAGGGACGUGUAAAAGUUAGAGAAGCUUUGACACCACAGGCCAUGCAAAUGGCCUUGCGAAGGGUGAUAUCUUUCCCAUGUAAAAAACAGUACACGGUAGUAAUCCUUAUGCCUAAGUCAUCUCGUUGGAAUUCGUUGAUAUCGGUGGUUAGUUGGAGUUCUGGUGGAUUUAGCAGAGAUGCCAAGAUUUUGGCUGGCAUGGCUGGUGCACUGGUCUUAGCAGCCAGUUUGUGGAGAUACUCACGGGGUGCAUUGAGAUCGUAG